ACCGUCAUUUUGUAAAAUAUUAUCUUUAGAUUUAUUAAACAUGGUAGAGAAUCGUUUGAAAGUUCAAUAUGAUACCUUCGAUGUAUUUCAAAACGAUAAUCCCGGAUAUGUGAAUAAAUCAGGAAAACGGAUGGAUUUAGACCCUUUUAACAUUUCAAUAGAAAUAUCCAAAUCAAAAUUAUAUAAAACCGGUACCAGUAUCUUUCGCCCUACUGUCCCUCAAAUACAACCGAACCCAAAAAUUCAAGUAGUAGAUGGAGAUUGUUUAAAACAUGCAUUAAAAUUAAAAAGUGAAGGACAUAAUCCUAUUGUAUUAAAUAUGGCUAAUGCUGAAGUUCCAGGAGGCGGAUAUCUUUAUGGUUCUGGUGCUCAAGAAGAGAAUUUGUUUCGUAGAACGAAUUUAUAUCAAUAUCAUGAAUCUAAUAAAGAUCAAUGGUAUCCUAUACCUUUACUUGGUGGAAUUUAUUGUCCUAAUGCCACUGUCAUCAAAGCUAGUGAACAAGAAGGAUAUGAACUUCUUGAAAAACCUGAAACAAUGUCUUUUGUGGCUGUUGCUGCUAUAGCUCACCCAUAUUUGGUGGAACAUAAUAAUAAACCUACUUUAAAUGAAGAAGAUCAAGAAAUAACUAGAAAUAAAAUUCGUACAAUGUUAAAUAUUGGUUUAGAUAAUGGUCAUGAUGCGAUCGUAUUAAGUGCAUUCGGUUGCGGGGCAUUUGCUAAUCCACCAUCAACUAUAGCUCAAUUAUUUUAUGAAGUUAUUAGUAAAGAAUAUUCUGGUGGGAAAGAAAAUUUACGUAAAACUUAUAAAAAUAUCUCCUUUGCUAUAUUUGACGACUCCAGCGCUAGACAGUGGGAAAAUGGAGAAGGUAAUCUUUUACCUUUUAAAAAAAGAUUUGCUAAUGGAAUUUCAUCUACAGAAUCGGUAAAACAAGAAUUGUAAGUAAUAAAUUAAUUUUAAGAUAGUAUAAAUCUAAAUGGGUUGGUUUAUUUUUCUUUCGAUUUGUUUUUUAUUAUUAUUAUUCAUAUUAUUUUAUACAUAUAUUUGUAUGUAACCUUUUUAAAUAUUAUUAUUAAAUAAAUACGGAUGUAGUCAAGAUUUUGAAAUUUUUA